UUCUUUCUUUUCUCUCUCUCUCUUCUUUCUGUUCCCUUCUCGCUUUUGGGUUGCUCAUUUGCGCACCGUCGGAGACGUGUUUUCCGGCAGAUAUGUUGCCGUUUUCCGGCAAAUCUCGCCGGGAAUCUUGAUAUCUAUCGCCUGAUCCACGUACCCUUGACAAUCACCUACUUUUGUUACCUGCCUCUGGUUUUUUUUUUUUUUUUCCAAUUUUUAUCGUCUCUUGAGAUUCCUCUUAUUUUCUUCGUCUUCGUCUGGACGGGGCAAAUUGCGCUGCUGACGUGUCGCUUGAUUACCGGUACGAUGUCCAGCAGCAACCACGUGGACGAGAGGGCGUCAAAGAGGAGGAGGUUGAAGGACGGGGUUGACGCCGGGGCGUCAAGGAGGCCGUCCACGAGCCACGCCGAGCUGAAGCCGACGCCGACGCCGACCAACUACCUCCUCGCGUGUUACAUGGCCCACGAGUUCCUAAGCCGCGGCACCCUCCUCGGCCGCAGGUUCCCCAAGAAGGAAGCCGAGACGGCGCCGACAGCCCAGCAGCCGCAUUCCCGCGAGGCCUACGUUGACCUCUCCUGCCUUCUCAAGAACGACGGCGUCCACCUCCCGGGGAUCGUGAAUCCGACUCAGCUUGCCAGGUGGGUCGGCUGCGACACGUAGGACGUCGACGUGGCCGCGGGACCCAACCGCGGAACUCAACGGCGCGAUGGAUCGAGGUCAUGGUGAUGCUCUGAUCGAUGAUGUGGGUUACUGUUCCUUCCCCAUUUUGGAUGCUCUGAUUGAUAACGAUGAUGGACAUUCGUGCUGAUGAUGAUGGUGCUGGAGAAUGCAGAUCGUCACGGAGGAUAGUUGCCUCUAAAUGGCUUGGCUUCUGCCUGCGGAGGGAAGACUCGGCUCCUGUCGAAUAGGAACAGGUGGGUAGCUCUGCUGGACACGCGAGUAGCUACAGCCUUUGGUUUCCUCUCCGGGAACUGUGCUUCUGCAGGUUCGCAGGUGGAAGAGAUGGGCUUCCUUGGCCGGCUAAGUCUCGGUCAUGGCGGGGCGCUCGAUGUUAGGGGGGACUCUCUCAUGUAAUGAUUUGUGUGCCAUCGUGGACUACCGAGCUUACUUUGUCCGACAUUCACGUGUCUUUGGAAGCUGGUCGAGCAAGAUAGAGUCGCCGGAGCGAAGAUGGUUGUAGUGAAUCCUCUUUCUAGCGCACGGGAUUCGUACAAUUACUCUUUCUUUUUGUACAUUGAGAAAGGACGCAUGUUUUUAUGGAUUCGACUGAAUGCUUACAUUGGUUUCUUUUAUUAUAACGUGAAUAUUUCUAGCAAUAAUCCAGUUGGUCGUGUUGAAUGCUGAGACUGAUCAUUCUCAUAAAAUUUGUUGUUCGCGUAAUGAUUGUCGCAUUGAUGUUAGGCGAUUAUGUAUAUAUAUAUAUAUAUAAAC